AUUAGCUGGGAGAGUAUAUGGAGGAAUUAAGAAAAAUAUAGUAGCUAGUUUCUUGCACUGAGGAUGGCCAUGGUGGUGUACUGGUACGAUUUCAUUUGCUUUGGGAUUGUGAUGGGAGCGUUUAUUGGAUCCUUAUGGGUGGUUUGGAGGAAUGAACUCGCCAUGAACCAAACCCUUCACGUCUCCCAGCUCUGGAGCAGUUGCUGGAAAGGGUUGCACCCUGGCUGGCUCCUCCUCAUUCGGCUUCUGUCCUUUACACUAAUGCUUUUAUUCCUCUACUGGGAUAUACUCAAAUGGGACAAAACCAUCUUCGUUUAUUACACCGAGUGGACAUUUACAUUGGUUAUUGUUUAUUUUGCGGUAGGAAGUGUUAUAUCUGCAUAUGGGUGCUGGGUGUGGUCGAAGAAAGAUACAGAUCAUGGGGAAAACGAAGAUUUGCUCAGAGGAGACGUUGAACAAGUCUUGACUAAUUCUUACGGAGUAAAAGAAGUCAAACGAGACACCAAGUAUGCCCAGGAUGAGCUACGGCAAAGAGCAGGCUUUUGGGGAUACCUUAUGCAAAUUACAUAUCAGAUUUGUGGAGGGGCUGUCAUCUUUACAGACAUUGUAUUUUGGUGUGUUUUAGUCCCAUUUCUUUCAAACUCCCAUCUUGGCCUCAACCUGUUGAUGGGCUGCAUGCACACCUUGAAUGCUGUAUUUCUUCUGCUGGAUACGGCUCUUAAUAAUCUUCCAUUUCCUUGGUUUCGGAUUGCCUACUUCGUACAAUGGAGCUGUCUCUAUGUUGUUUUUCAAUGGAUCAUUCAUGCUUGUGGGUUUACCUGGUGGCCAUAUCCCUUUCUUGAGCUUCAAACACCUUGGGCUCCUUUAUGGUAUUUUUCAAUGGCUGUUGUUCAUAUUCCUUGUUAUGGUAUAUAUGCAUUGAUUGUUAGAGCAAAGAAUUCCAUCCUGCCCAGAUUGUUUCCUCAUCGUUUCCUGAGAUCCAAUUAGUUCCUCUUGUUACAAUGAAUUUGGGACUGGUUUUCAUAUCUAUGGUUGUGUAUGCACAUAAAAGAGGAGACGCCUAUCAUUAUCAACAGCAUUUCAACUCUUACUUUACAGAUUCAUUCGAUUUUAUUCCUAUACAAGGGUUAACAUAUUUGAUCA